AUGGAGGACGGGUUCUGGUUGUUGGUUCUGGUUCUCCAGGACUGGUCCAGUCCAAUCCAGACCUCUGGUGGUUCUGGACCAGGACCCGUGAACUGCCUGGACGUCCAUGAGGAAACUCAUCCGGACCGGGUGGCUCUGAUCCGGGAGCAGGACGAACCCGGCACCGAGGUGAAGGUCUCCUACAGGUGCGGACGCCACACACACCUGCUGACUGCUGCGGCGACGGAGACGCUCCGGCUUGUUUCCAUGACGCUCCUGGGGGAACCCAUCGACCACGAAGCCUGGCACUGGUUCCACAGCGUGGUGGGGGAGGGACGCUGCCCCCUGGUGGACACCUGGUGGCAGACAGAGACCGGAGGAGUGUAUCGACCCGCGGAUCGCGGCGCCGCCAUCUUCCCGGCCAUGAGGCCGUUCCUCGGCAUCCAGUCGGUUCUGAUGGGAGACCAGUUGUUCCCUGCUGUCCCCGUUCUCCGUGGGAACGCGGUCAGUGGUUCCCUGCGCCUCCGCCAGCCGUGGCGCCGGAUGGCCCGGACCAUCUACGGAGACCCCCAGAGGUUCCUGGACUCGUACUUCGGGCCGUUUCCGGGUCUCUACUUCACCGGGGACGGAGCCUUCAGGUCCGAGGACGGGUUCUACCAGAUAACGGGUCGGAUGGACGACAUCAUCGACAUCAGCGGACACUGGCUGGGGACAGCUCUGGACGAACAUCCAGCGGUGCCGCUUGACAUCAAAGGAGAAGGCCUGCAGCGCACUCCGCCCAAGUGA